CUGAUUCCCAUUUGCAAAAGCAGUAGCUUGCUCAUUCCUCAUUCCUCUCGUCUGCUUCUCCCUCAUCCUCACUACAUCCCACACUUUCUUCAAACCCAAAAACCAUAAUAAGAAAGCGUCCCCCCACCCCCCUCCCAACAACAACAACAAUGGGCAUCCUCCUCCCUUUCUGCGUAGCUACCGACAACACUCGGCUCUACGCGAUCGCGAGGGCCACUCCUUACACCAGCAAAACCGAGUACUUCCUGCUGAUCAAAUCCAACGAUAACCCCUCCUCAGACCUCUCAAACCUCAACUGGACCCUAGUCAGCGCCGUCCCCGUUGCUGGAUACACCAACAUCAAGGUCUACGACCUCGAAUCCCUUUACACCUGCGCCAUAAACGACGCCGGUGUUUUUUCGAUUAUCGCUACUGAUCUGAUAUCGGCCGCCUACCUGGGUCUACAGUACCAACCCCUGGGCACCGGAGGCAGUGGCCCUGCGCCGGUGGUUGGCGGCGGAGUGUGGAAAAACUUUACGUUUGGGGCGACUUACAAUUGGCCUACUAUAUCCGGGACGCCUUUGUUUAACCUGAAGGAUAUACAGGGCAUAAAUACUUUGAUGCAGGUUUACAUUGCACAGAACUUGACGGAUUUUUUCGUUGCGGCGUUGGAUUCAACGACGAUGGUCAUGAACCGAGGAGAGGCGCCUUGGGCUAUCGGCCCAGACCAUACAUACUGGGCGAACCAUGCGGUCGCACACGUAGGCAGUUCAAUGUACACCUUUGGCGAGGGGUGGCCCAAUGAGUAUAUCAUCACAAUUCCAUGGGCAUCUCCUACAACGACUGUUCCAUCGGGCGGCAGCAAAUUCGAUAAUGCUACGGCAAUCACGGCGGUGUGUGGGACAUCCCUCGUAGGAUUGAGUAUGAGGCCCAUGGGAGAUCGGCUCCUUAUCGGUUGCUUGAACCAAAGGCCCGGACACUUCUUUUCCUACGACGGGAACACGAUAACGCAAUAUGCACCCGUACUGAACGUGCCCACGCAGUACCUGUCCAUGGUUCACUUUCCGGGAACCCCAAACCCCUUUGUAUUCAUGCACGAUCAAUCCAGUCUGUAUUCCAUACCCCUGAAUGGAACCCUGGCUAGCACUGUGAUCAUCAGUCGACAGAACUUUACGAUCGCGGAAUGCUAUGGAAUCAAUCCGUCUCCGGCGCCAUCGUCUACUGGAUCUGUCUCCCAAGUACCUUUCGCGACCGAUACUGUUGGAUCCAACAGCUCAUCUGGUGGAGGUGCUGGGCUGGGUAGUAGCAGCGCAGGGCUCAUUGGAGGUGUUUGUGCGGUGGUGGUCCUUGUGAUUGUAGGACUUACAUUGGUAUAUUUCAGAAAGAAGCGGCAGUUGCAGGAAGGGCAAAAGAAAGUGGGGGCGAAGAUGGAGUAUUAUCAGAACCCUGAAGAAAAGAUGUACCCGCCACAGAGUAUGCAGAACAUGGCACCCAUGACAAAUAUUACGACGAGAAGGCCUGAGGAGUGGCAAGCGGUUCAGGUACAUCACCAUCAACAGCAAUACCAGCCACAAUACCAGCCAUUAUACCAGCAGCAGCAGCAGCAGCCAAUGGAAAGUUACCAGUACAGUCAUUUGCAGUCAAACGCGACAUAUUCCAAAGCAGAACUAGAGGAUGAUUGAGAUACACGAAUAGAGGACGAGACUUGCU